AUGGCGCCAAUGCUGCCGCUUUGGCCGUGCAGCUCGACGAGCAACGACGGUUUAGUCCAGAAUCUGCAAAAAGUGGGUAUCGUACGCUUCGCUGCUGUAUUCGAUGCUAUGAAGCGCACAGAUCGCGCCCUUUUUGUCCCUCGAGCCGUUCAAGAUGAAGCGUACCAAGACUCACCAUGCCCCAUAGGUUUCAACCAGAUCAUAUCGGCACCACACAUGCACGCUCAAGUACUGGAGCUGGCCCACGCUAGUUGUACAGAUAUACUUAAGCCACGAGUCCUAGACGUGGGCGCUGGGUCUGGUUACUUGACUGCUGCGCUCGCUCGCCUUGUAGAAGACGCUGGUGGUCGAGUAUUUGGACUGGAACUGCUUCCCACGUUAGCCCGAUCUGCUCGAAAAAAUGUUUCAAACACAGCCCCCAAUCUUCUGAAGACUGGCGUACUGUCAUUGCACUGCUACAAUGGCUGGUAUGGACUGCCAGCUGAAGCUCCUUUUCACUUCAUCUUCGUCGGUGCUGCAGUCUCCUCUCCCCCACAAGCAAUGCUGGACCAAUUAGCCGAUGGGGGACAACUUGUAAUCCCUGUAGACGACCCGCGUGGCGGACAAGCUCUCGUAAGCGUUACUCGUCGUGGCUCCUGCCUUCUUCACCGCAAACUCAUGCCUGCUUGCUUCGUUCCACUCGUUCGCGGAGAAAUCUACAAGAACCGACGCGGAGUCACCAGUACAGACUCGGAGCUUCAACAGUAAAUCCUUCCGCGCUAUCCAAAAUAUUUUUGACGUGCAAGAAAACGGAGUUCAGAUUCCGGUAACCGUGGUACUCGAUGAACAUGAAUAUAUUGUAUUACAUUUAGCA